UGAGAUCACAGCCUGGCUUAGUAAUUAGUAAUUUUAAAAAAAAUGGAAUAGUUAUGCGGUCAGAAAAUGUAAAACUACGAGUCCCAGAAUUCCACAAAAGGAGGCGUCCUUCAUAGCGAAUUAAAAACCGCUUUCUGGACUCAAAUGACAGCCCGCAUAUCGUGACAUUUCUAUCCUUCUCUCUCUACGAUGGCAGCAGCCCUUUCGCGAGCUCUUAAAUUGCCUGGGAAAAAGGGCUCAGAGCUUGGAGAAUACGAUCCCCUCACCCAGGCUGACAGUGAGGAUGAGAGUGAGGAAGAUGACCUGGUCCUCAAUUACCCUCGCAAUGGGCUGGGCAGGGGCAACUGUAUGGGCUCAGGCACGACAGACAUGCGUGGCGGUAGGGUAGGAAGGCUUAUGGAAGAUGAAGAUGAUGUGGAUGAAGGGGACGAAGAUGAGGAGGAGUGGAGGGAACAACAUCUCAAGAAGAACCGUCAGGAAAGAGACGACCUGAAGAGCAGGCAGUACUGGAGUCAGAGGGAGGGCCGUGAUCUUGGGUUCCAGGAUGGUGGGGGGGCAGGGUCCACUCGUGCUGGCGGGCUUGGUUUGGACUCAGGAUCUGACCCAGAGGCAAAGAGGAUUCGGAUGAGAGGGGUGAUCCGCACCACAGUUUUCCUGGUUCCACUUUGCUGUGCUGUAUUACUGGUGCUGCUCUGUGCUUUUCUAUUGCCCUGCCAGCAGGGGGAGUUGAAUGGGAUACCACAGUGGGAAACCGGAUUAGGGGAAGUAGGUGUUAACUCACCCCCUCUAGCAUUGUGGGACGUGGACAAUGACACCAUUGAAGAUGUGUUAGUGUCAGUCACUCAGCUGACCAAUGACAGCCGGCUGGGAGGCCCUCAGGGCAACAGCAAAGAGCAUAGCGUGGCCGCGGUAUCUGCUGUCCGGGGGAACGUGCUGUGGAAAACGGGCCUGAAGGAACCGGCUUUGUCCAUCCAGUGCGGGAUGCGUCCACAGGCUCGCCCUGUGGCCCCACCACGCAGGACAUUCCCACAGCGGCAGUCUGUCUCGGGGCCAGCGGGCCAGGGCCGGGGUCCCAUCUGCCUAGUGACUGGCUCGGCCCAUCUCAGCGCCCUUGAUGCCGCCACUGGUAAGAUGCUGUGGACUGUAUCCCCGGGACAGAUAGUGUCCCAGGUGGUGUCUGUGCCAGAUCUCACUGGAGACGCCGUUCCAGACCUUCUCAUUGCUGCCCUACCCGCUGACCAGGCGUCUGAUCUUUCGCUACUGCUACUGUCGGGGGUGUCCGGCGGGCCUAUUGGACACCCGGUAACCUUUAACGUCACUACUCAAGGCAAACUCAUUGGGCCUGAACUGCAUGUGACCAAGCAGCGAGCGUACUACAUUCUCUUUGGACUGGGCACCGUGGAAGCAGUGUGGCUCACAGACAUUUACACCCAGGCCACCAGCAAUGCACCUAGCAGGACCAAAGUCUCUCCUGCCCUGAGAGUCAAGGAGCCCAGCUGGGAGAAGAUGCACAAGCCCAACUCCUCCCUUAUAUGGGAACUGAGAAUUCAUAUAUCUAUCUUGAUUCCUGUUCUGCAGCCCUCUCCAGCGGCGUCCCCGGCUGAUCCAGUCCUCCGAAAACUGUACCUGCUGCACCCCGCCUACCCCACAAUCCUCGCGGAGCUUACGAGUACAACAGACACCAUUCUCACUGCCGCAGUGAGUUACCAGGAGCAGCAGAAAGACGCGUCCUAUGUCACGGUCUCCUCACGGCACCCACCAGCAGACCCCAAGCCUGACGCUCAGGUGGUCAAACGCAUGAGGGUAAAGGCCUUGAUCACGGACGGCCGCACCCUGCGGCUGGGCGAGCCCCGGCACACCGGCCAGUCCCUCAGACCUGGGGAUUUCGAGAUAAACAAAUUCUUCAGACAGCUUUCUUUUCGUCCACAUCAGUGACCAGUGACAUGUUCCUGGGCCCACUCUGCGUCACCAUGGAGCAGCGCGUGAGAACCGCAGAAGGGGUGGAGUAUCGUUUUCACUGGAUUAAGCAACCACAAAUCUCACCCACAAAAUGUGAUUUUUUUUUGUUUCCUAGCUAUUUGUACAGACUACUGGACAUGGGAUAAUUGUUCUUAGAAAUGUUAAGGUUUUAUUUGUAAGGAAUUUGUUUUAUUUAUUUAUGCUCUGUCACUGAAUAGCAUAUGAAAUGUUUCAUCAUUUACAAAGACAGCACUGAUAUGUUAGGCUUCACCACUACAAUUUCACUAGACAGAAAGCACAAAAAAUGCAUGUCUGUUUGAACGCAUUUGGGACACAUUCCAACACUGGUCAAAAGCUUUUUAAACAACACUUUAGUAACAGACUUGGUUGAAUUAAUUCAUAUAGUACAUUAACAGUGAUGUUCUCCUUGA